AUGCCUCCUCCAACCAACGUCGAGGACCAAGAACCGCUCCGGCGAAACGUUCCCAUGUCGAGCUUUCACAGACCAAGCCAUGACACAAUCAAUUGGGCUCCAACGUUCUUUCCCCAUCAAUCACUGUCGCAGGAACAGGCUUGUCAGAGCCCCUGCAGUUACCCUGUUCCUCGCUCAUCUCAAGGGAAGCAGCAGGCCUUCGCCACUUCAGCGCUUCAACCUUUCCCUGGCUUCUCUGUAUUUAGCGGGAUACAUCCUCAGAACCAUUCAGGCACAACUCCAAACAGAGACAACAAGCAGUCGAGUUCCUCGGACUAUGGACUCGAUUUCUCGUACCAGCCAGCAGAAAACCUAGCCUUGACCAACUCUUCAAUUACGCCAUCCACUACCUUUACGGCGGAACCAGGAAUCCAGAUUCGUAACUUUAACGUCGACCCUAGUCUAGACUUCAUCGGCCAAGAUGCGGGUUCACUACCUCACAAGCUAGCUCAAGUCCUCACGCCAGGCACAUCGAGGCUCUACAGGAACCUCACGAAUCUCCCACAGGACAAAGUUCUUGCUGAUCGUGCCGCUGCUAAGGCGUUCCGCCUCCAAAAGAUCAAGCGCGACGCCAUCAUUGCAGACGAGACAGUUGAAGAGGUCAAGAAAAACGAGUACCAGUGGUUCGAAGCGCUGUUUGAGUCUUUCAUCGACACCUCGUACAUGCAGGACAACACAACAGCGGCAGCACAUCGCUACUUUGUGGAUGUAGCUAAGAAGCGGUACGACACUAUGGAGAUCCAGGCUGCUUGUUGGGAGAUCAUUGAAUUAGUGCUCGACGGCGCACAACAAGGAUUUCGCCGCCCUUCAUCGACGGAGUUGGUCAAGCGCAUACUGCCGGAUGAGCAGGGACUGAAGUGCACAAAGAGGUUGUUUUCGAUUUGUGUCUCCCUGCGUGAAGAGAAGACUAUUUGCGUUGAUGUUCUCGAAGGCAAGAAGCACUCUAUCGAGGACUUUGUGUAUGCUCCGAUGGCUUACAGGAAGAUGAAAACGGAUUACCGCUUUCAGAACAACCAUCGCUUCGCUUCAAAAGAGAUACCCUCUGGGAACAAGCCACUGUUCCAAUCUAGGGACACACGGGCUCUUGAUUCUAGCCCUUGUCCGCUUGCUCCAGCUCGCAACAAGCGGGCACACUCAGCAAUGGAGGACGAAGACAAUGGGAGCGGCAUUCUUUCUGGCCGCACUACCCAGCAACAGCAAAAGAAGCCUCGAACUGCAGAACUCUACCAUACCUUCCCAACUGAGUACCGCCUACAGCAUACUCAAUCUCGUCAGGCAUCCGGCCUCGCGCCCUACCCAGCAGCGCAACCCGCCAUGCCUACCCCUGCAACUUCGUCACCCUACAAUGUCAUAACGUUCCAGGCUCAGGCCCCAAGCCACAACCUUGGCGACUUCAACUCCAACAGACCAAGCGCCUCUAGCUUCACUCACUCAUCCCCCUCGGAUCAACACGCCACUGUCAAGGCAUCCGUCCCGCAGCUCACGAACACCGAGAUCAGCGCCAUGGUCGCGCAGCAGCUACUUUCGAUGCAUGAAUGGCAGUAG